AUGCAGUCCGGAAUCUCAGCUUCGCAAGAGCUCCAAGCGCAGUUCAACUCGCUGCUCUCGUCCUCGGACACAUUUGCCCUGCUGGCGAGCAUCGAGAGCGAGUCCCUGGUACCCGUUACGACGCUGCCGUCUGCCGCCUCGACGUUUGAGGAGAACCUGGCGAGCCUGCAACCGCACAUCAAGCCCAACGUGGCACUGUACCUGAUCCUGCGGCGAUACGAAGCGGCGCCGAAGCUGCUGGCCGUUACAUACGUGCCCGACUCGGCGCCCGUGCGGCAAAAGAUGUUGUUUGCGGCGACGCGCCUGACGCUCGUGCGAGAGCUGGGGACGGAGCAUUUCCGGGACACCGUCUUUGUGACAACGGCCGAGGAGUUGAGCGAGCGCGGGUUCCAGAAGCUCGACGCGCACAACAAACUCGAAGCUCCGUUGACCAAGGAGGAGAAAACACUGGAGGAAGUGAAGCGAGCCGAGCAAGAGGCUGGAUCCGGGACGGGGACGCGGGAAAUCCACCUGAGCAAGAGCCUGUCGAUGCCCGUGGCCGAGGAUGCCAUUGUCGCCAUGAAAGGGGUCGGCCAGGCGGGAGACCGAAUCGUGGCCAUGCUGAAAAUCAACACAGAAACGGAAAUAGUGGAAUUGGUGCCUGAAUCACCCAGGCCCAGCUCCAUCAGCGAGCUAUCACGGGCCAUUUCGGCGACGGAGCCCCGGUUCACCUUUUAUCGCUUCACGCACAGCCAUAACGGGACCGAGGAGAGUCCCCUGCUCUUCUUCUACACGUGCCCAGUCACGCCUGGGAACAGGGCCGUCAAGAGUCGCAUGCUGUACCCGCUCAUGAAGCGCGCCGUCUUGCAUGUUGCCGAUAAGGAGGCGGGCCUCAAGAUUGACAAGAAGUUUGAGGUGGAGGAGCCGAGCGAGAUUACGGAGCAGACGGUCAUGGACGACCUGCACCCAAAGGUAGCCGCCACGCAGGGGUUCAGCCGGCCGAAGCGGCCAGGCCGGUGA